AAGGGGCGGGGCGGGGCCGGCAUGGCGGCGCGGCGCGGGGCGCUGAUCGCGCUGGAGGGCGUGGACCGCGCCGGCAAGAGCACGCAGGGCCGGCGGCUCGUGGAGGCCCUCAGGGAGGCCGGGCACCGCGCCGACCUCCUCCGCUUCCCCGACAGAACGACAGAGAUUGGGCAGCUGAUCAGCUCCUACCUGGGGAGGGAGAAGAACCUGGAGGACCACACCAUCCACCUGCUCUUCUCUGCCAACCGCUGGGAGCACGUACCGAUGAUGAAGGAGAAGCUGCAGCAGGGGAUCACGGUGGUGGUUGACAGAUACGCCUUCUCUGGAGUGGCCUUCACAAGUGCCAAAGGGAACUUUGGCCUGGACUGGUGCAAACAGCCUGAUGUUGGACUCCCAAAGCCAGACCUGAUCCUGUUCCUCCAGUUAAACCCAGAAGCAGCAGCAGAACGAGGCAACUUUGGACAGGAACGUUAUGAGACCAGCUCCUUCCAAGAGAAAGUUCUUCAGUCCUUCUAUUGCCUCAUGGAGGACAAGUCCCUAAACUGGAAGACAGUGGAUGCUUCAAAGAGCAUUGAAGACUUGCACAGAGAAAUCAAGUCCAUUGCAAAGGAAACUAUGCUGGAUGUUCAGAAUAAACCCUUGGGAGAACUCUGGAAAUGAAACUUCAUACAGGUUAAAAAGAGUAAGGUCAAAAUGCAACGGUCACUUCUUGGAUCUUCUGCACUUGGAUGACUGUGACACCCCAGCAGCUACAGCUUAGAUCCUGUGUAUUCUUUUGGGUCCAACAUGCUGCUGAUGUCCUUAUCAUUAUCUGCUCCUCCCUUCCAGCCUGCAGAGUCCCUUCUGCAUUUUUUAAAUGAGUAUGCCAUGAGUGGGUAUCAAAUUCCUUGUCAAAACCCCCCUCUCCCAAGCUCCUGUUCCAGCUCCACUCCUGGAGUGCAGGGCCAUCCCUGGACACGACAGUUCCCAUUUUUAGGGAAUUGCCACGUUUCUGAUCAUUCAUCCUCUCUAGAAAGUGCAUCCCCCCCCAUGCUAAAACCAGUUUGUAGAGGAUUUGCUAAUAAAUUACUCUUUUAAGCAUUUGGCACAGGGCAUUUUUUUUCCAGUAUGAUCA